AUGACCUCUCGCAUCAAUAUUGCUCGCCCCCAGCAAGGUUUUAGUCCAGAUCCACAUGGUCUUUCUAACUCACGACCCUCCUCUGGUUAUCGGUCAGCGAAUCCCGACGAUCCAGUCGAGAAACUCCGAGCGCUUGGCAAGCAAGUCGAAGACCACGUAGAAAUUUACUCUCAGCCCUUGAAGCCCCAUUUGCCGGCAAUUGGUCGCUUUUUGAUUGUGGUGACAUUCAUGGAGGAUGCGUUGAGAAUUAUGACCCAAUGGGGUGAUCAAAUUUGGUAUAUGCAGAAUCAUAGACACUUUCCAUGGGGUCUUUCCCACUUGUUUCUGCUGAUGAAUGUCGUCGUUAUGCUUAUUGGCUCGUUCGCUGUCGUCACCAAACGUCACACGGAAUAUGCUGUUGCAGGCCUUUUAUCUGUCGUGGUCAUUCAAGGAUUCGGCUAUGGUCUCAUUUUUGACCUAACUUUCUUCCUACGGAACCUGAGUGUCAUCGGUGGUCUUCUUAUGGUGUUCAGUGACUCUAUGGCAACUCGUAAGAAGAUGUUUGCUGGUCUUCCCUCUAUAAGUGAAACCGACCGCAAGAAAUACUUCCUACUCGCUGGCCGUGUUCUCUUGAUCUUCCUUUUCCUCGGGUUCAUCAUUCAAGGAUCAUGGAGUAUUGUGCGGGUGUUCGUAUCCAUCCUGGGCUUAGUCGCUUGUACCAUGGUUGCCGUCGGAUUCAAGGCCAAAUGGUCCGCCAUUUUCCUCGUUGUGGUUCUGAGUAUUUUCAAUGUCUUCGCCAACAAUUGGUGGAGUGUUGCGUCGGCUCACCCUCAGCGCGAUUUCUUGAAAUAUGACUUCUUCCAGACCCUUUCUAUCGUUGGUGGGCUUAUCUUACUCGUCAACAUGGGACCCGGUGGUUUCUCGGUGGACGAGAAGAAGAAAACGUACUAG